AUGAAGUGGUUUCGGAAACAGGUGACGGAUGAGUUUAUUGUCAUGUAAUCUUUAUAUUUACUCCUUCGAAUGUCUCGUUUUUAUUGUGGUUCUGACUCUGAGGUCGGCGGGGCGGAAAAGUUCAUGGAGGGGAGCUUUUAAUGGCCCUGGUCCUUCCUUCACAUGGUUUGGGCCAAUUGACAAAAGAUUUAAUCGCUUUUUCAAUAAUCUACUCUUCAACAAGUUUCGGGGCAUGGCUGGCCUCCAACUUCCAAUUAUCACUUUACAGGGGAAGGGGAGUCCUAUAAAUCACUGGGUUUAUUAGUGCUUGUUACUUUCUAUAGACCACAUCUCUUUAUGACCUUUCUUCUUUCGAUUUUAGUUUGUAAGGAUCAAGUUUCAGAUGUCAUGGCUACGAAAAAAUAUCUUACUCGUGGCCACGAUCGGAUCGGUCGUCUUAGGCGCCGUCCUCGGAUUUGUGAUCCGAAUACAGCAACCAUCUCCUUUUACCAUAAUGUUGUUAAGUUUCCCUGGAGAGGUGUUAAUGCACAUGCUGAAAAUGAUGAUUCUGCCGUUGAUCAUCAGCUCACUUAUCUCAGGUUUGAUCGAGUGAUUAAUGGUAGAGCAUAGCAUUUUAGGCCUUUCACAAUUGGAUGCGAAACAGUCCGGUCGACUAGGGUCACUCGCAGUCAUCUAUUACAUGGCCACGACCUUAUUGGCCGUUAUCGUAAGCAGGUCUUAGUUACGAAGAUUGCUUGCAGACUGGGAUCAUUCUUGUGCUCUCAAUUCAUCCAGGAGAUCCGACCAUCAAAAAGGAUCUUGGGACUGGAGUGGAGGGAAAGAAGGUCAGCACGGUGGAUACUUUUCUCGACCUCAUCAGGAAUAUGUUCCCCGAGAAUCUGGUCCAGGCCACUUUCCAACAAGUUCAAACCAAAUAUGUCAAGGUCAGACCCAAGAUUCUAAAGAAGAAUGACUCCGAAACCCUGGCCAAGUUAGCAUCCGGUGCUAUGGACUACUUGGUCCCUUCAGUCGAAUACACGUCUGGAAUGAAUGUCCUUGGUAUGAUCUUAUACAGGAAGAUGAACGAUUAUGGGAAUAACUUUAAUCACUUACAUUUCAGGUGUUAUCAUUUUCUGCAUUGGUUUUGGCAUUGUGGUCAGCCAGCUGGGUGACGAAGCACGCGUUAUGGUUGACUUCUUUUCCGUAAUGGAUAAAGUCAUCAUGCAAUUGGUCAGCUAUGUUAUGAUGUAAGUUAUACACAAUUAUGCGCAUGACUGUGGCAAUUAUAUUAUAAUUUUGUAGCUAUUCGCCUUUUGGAAUUAUGUGCCUUAUUACGGGUAAGAUCCUCGAAAUCCACGACCUGGGGGAGACUGCUCGCAUGUUGGCCAUGUACAUGGUGACUGUUCUUCUGGGCCUAGCAGUCCAUUCUCUUAUUACACUGCCCCUUAUCUACUUCUUGUGUACAAAGAAGAACCCGUAUGUAUUUAUGAGAGGACUGCUGCAGGCCUGGAUUACUGCUUUGGGGACUGCCUCCAGUUCGGCCACGUUACCCUUGACAUUCAGAUGUUUGGAAGAGAAUUUGGGCGUGGAUAGGAGGGUUACCCGGUUCGUGCUGCCAGUCGGGGCAACUAUUAAUAUGGUGAGUAUGAAUUUACGUGAAAACGAAAUGCAUAUUCAGGAUGGAACGGCUUUAUACGAAGCGGUGGCAGCCAUCUUUAUCGCCCAGAUGAACGGAGUCCAUCUAAGCAUGGGUCAAGUGGUCACUGUCAGGUAAAUUCAAUUCUAUAAAUGAUUACUUUUUCCAGUGUGACAGCAACUUUGGCCUCUAUCGGAGCCGCAUCAGUCCCCUCAGCUGGUCUAGUGACCAUGUUGUUAGUACUUACAGCCGUCGGAUUGCCAGUUAAGGACGUCUCGCUGAUUGUGGCUGUCGACUGGUUACUGUAAGUAGUUUUUUUAAUCUCUUUUUAAGUUUUAAAAAACACGGUUUUUGUAAGGGCGUGACGACCUGAUCAAAAGAAAGUGUCUUGGCCAUCAUAGUUAAGCAUUAAGACCGUUUUCGGGUAUUUGUGGGCAACCACCUUAACCUUGUUCACAAACUAGGUCGUAAGCUUGGUAAUCAGCUACCUACGGUGUGAAUCAACACAGAUUAACCUCCUUGGCUAGCUAGUCAGCAGUUUUGCAAAAUUGGAUAUAUUAUAAAUAUUGGCCCGAUACCCGAUCUGCAACAAAUGAAAUCUGCCCCAGUUGAAAGGGUGCGGCCCUAGAUGAUACACAGAGUACACGGAUAUAUCGCUUAUAUGAACAUUCCCGUUAUGCUCUCAGCACCAACUUGUUUUUUUAAUAAUGGUGUAAAUUGGUCUACUGUGCCAAAAGUUGUGGCCCGCACAAACACUUGGGCGUGAAGGUUUUGUUUAUAAGUUUUAUCGGAGCGAACCAAUUUGUAAAUUCAAAAAAUGAAGCUUGGACCACGCUGCGUAUGACGGUGUCAAAAUUUGUUCCAUAUCUUGUGUUUUCCAUACCAAGAAUUCACAUGGAAAUUCUGCAAAUUUAUAUCCAUGUAUUCUUAAAUUGGUCCACUGUGUCAAAAGUUCUGACUCAAAAUGUUCGGCAAAAGUCCAUGGGAAAAGGGGUCACUCAAGUUACCACUUCUCUUUUUCUCACGCUCUCUCCGCUUUUGUGUGAUGUUGCUAACUCAAGUUAGUGCCCCUUUUGUACGUGAAACAUCCCCGAGAUAAAAAAUCACUAGAAAUGUAUUCAACAUUUCUGACAAAUUUGACAAAAUCUUGAUGAUAAAAAUCAUGAAUAUUCAAAACUUUCCCGUCGUGCUUGGCUUAGUUUGCAAAAAAUGAUUUCAAUAAUUUCAGUGAUAGAAUCCGAACGUCAAUUAAUGUCAUCGGAGAUGCUUUUGGAGCUGGAAUUGUGCAUCACUUCGUUAAAGAUGAGCUUGCUUUGGCCGAUGAACAACAUCGACGACACUCGCACAUUGAAAGGGGAGGAUCUCCAACGAGGAGUAAGCUGAUAAUUGAUCCUUGAUCUAUGUAUAAAUUGUAAUUUCAGCGGCUUUGUUGAACGAUGAGAAGCAUAAUUCGAACUACCGACACUCAAAGGACCGAGGCUAUGACCCUGUCCCUCAGGAUGACCACUAG